CACCACAAAAGACUUCUGGCAAUUUUAACCUCCGAAUUUAGUUGAUAAAUCGAUCUCGUGCUAUCCAAAUCGCUCAACAGGAGAAGAUCUUAAAAAUUAUCUGCUGGAGAUUGGAAAAAAGUUAAAAUGUCGGUGUUUCGCCUCAAUCAUUGCUGCUGCUUCUUUGAGCUUACCACGGGAGGAAUUAUACUUGGUUGGAUCAAUAUGGUUAUGUCCAUCAUUAACUUCAUCCUCUGCUGCGUGGUUUUGUCUGCAGCUGAAACCAUCCAGGAUGAAAAUCUUCAAAUGAACAUUAUUGGAAUUCGUCUCUUCUUCGGGAUUCUCCUGUGCGUUGUGACCCUUCUGAUUGUAUCGGAUAUCCUUCUGAUAACAGGAUCAAUCCAGAGGCGAGCUCUCUAUCUGAUUCCAUGGCUCUUCAAUGAAUCCAUUUUCUUGCUCUUCAACUUUGUCGCGAUCUUCCUGACCACUGAUUUUUCCUACAUCAUGGCAUCGAUUGCUUUCUUUGCCUUCCGCUUCUACCUCUGGCUCUGCGUCUAUUCCUUGUAUGCGAAUCUCAAGGAGUGGCCAGCACGUGAUGACACCGGAUUCACCUACUCCCGCAAGUCUUUCGAACCAUCCUCCGGAUACGCAGAUAUAUAAUUUUUCUUUAUUUUCCUUUAAUUUCUCUCCAUGGAAACAAUUGUUUUCCAACAUCUCUCUAAUUUCCCUAAGUUUUCAUUAAAAUUUAAAUCUAAUUAUUUCUCUUGAAAUUCGAAUAGAAAACUCAAACGUUUUCAGUGCCAAAAUGAAUUAAUUUAUUGAAUUUUUCAUGAAAUAAAGUGUUUCAUUCAGCAA